AUGGCUGCUAGCAUGCCCCCAGAUGAGGCCUCUGCCAUCGAGACCGCAGAGAGGGUGGCCUCAGUCUUCUCCGUUAUAGGAGCUGCCUUUAUCAUAUUUACUUUCCUCUUCGACAGCAGCUUCCGUAAGCCCAUCAACCGACUUGUCUUCUACGCGUCAUGGGGGAAUCUCUUCGCCAAUGUCGCAACCCUCAUCAGCAGGGAGGGCAUCAAACGCGAGAUCGACGGACCUCUCUGCCAAUUUCAAGCCUUCCUCAUACAAUGGUUCAUGCCAGCUGACGCCCUCUUCACCUUCGCCAUGGCCUGCAAUGUCUACCUUGCGUUCUUCAAGCAAUACGACUCCUCGUCACUGCGCAAGCUCGAAUGGCGCUACCUUGCCCUCUGCUAUGGCCUGCCCUUCAUUCCCGCCUUUGUGUUCCUCUUCAUCGAUACCGUUGAGAAAGGCAAGGUCUACGGCUCUGCGAAUCUGUGGUGUUGGAUAUCCUCUAAAUGGAACGCCCUACGCAUCGCUUGCUUCUACGGACCGAUCUGGAUCAUAAUCAUCAUCGACAUCGUUAUCUACAUCAAAGUAGGCUUCGUCGUCUUCCGCUGGCGGCGCUCGCUACUGAGCCUCGAUCUCAAAGUAGCAGCCCCUACGCAGCCACAACGCGAUUCGAAGUCUCGCCCCACCUACGAGGUCAAUGUUGUCUCACAAGUACCUCAUCACAAGCAUGGACGUUCCCUAAGCUCGACACGCCCCCUAAGCUACGCCCGCAGCACCACCUCGCAAGCACCAUUGUCACCUACGACGCCACAUCCGUCAAACCAGCAUUCGCGUUUCACCUCUAUUUCCGCCUCAGAGCGCUUCUCCGCCCAGGCAACCCUUCCUGGGACUCCCGUCAAUACCACAAUUCACCAUCGUCGCGCCUCAGGCCCCCAGUCGAGUGGCUCUAAGGCCGUGGACGCCAACCGCGCCACCCUUUCUUACUGCUACACCGCGUGCUUGUUCUUCAUUGCGCUCAUCGUCACCUGGGUACCUUCGAGCAUCAACAGACUAUACACACUUGUCAACAACGACGGACAGGUCAGCCCAUUCGCACUAGACUUUGCGAGCAGCCUCGUGCUGCCACUGCAAGGAUUCUGGAAUCUGAUUAUUUACGUUGUAACAAGCUGGGUGGCGUGUCGUGCGCUAUGGAGCAACGUGGUGGGCGCUUGCUGUUGUACGGCUCGGAGACGCAGUAGCCGCGAGGCAGAAGGAGUCAAGAUGGAGGCGCUUGGGAGUCAGGAUGAGAGGGUGGGGACCGGAGUGGGGAGGGAUCCAUACCCGCUCAGUCCAACAAGCGUCAGAUGGAACAACAUCGAUGAAGAGCCACAGCAGCAUCGCGGCCCCAGCAGGAUCAGUGAGGCUGACAGUGAGGUCAAUCGUGAGAGAGCUGACAUUGUGAUGAGUCUCGACGCCAAAGGUCGCAUGGUCAAACAGGGGAGGAGUCAAUUCGAUUGGGGCAACCUGCCUGGGCCUCGGUCUCCCAUCAACUCGCUGCCACAGUCGCAGCUCCAGUUGACUCGGAGUUACAGUGGCACGAGAGGCAGCCAGAGGAGUUAUGCUAGCCAUGCUAGCUUCCAGAGCCAAGCACUGAGCCGUGGGCAUAGUCGACAAGGGAGUGCUUAUGCUGGUGCGUCGGACCGAGGCUGA